AUGCUAUACCGCGACCCCACCGACAUCAAGAUCAUGCAGCAACAAGAGCAAAGCCAGGGUAGUCAAAGUCAAAGUCAAAGCCAACCCAGCUACAGCCAACAAAGCGACGCCAGUUUCAAUAUAAACAGUCGCCGCUACGCCCAUCCCCGCGGCCACCUGCACAGGAUGCCCUACCCGCCUUCCUAUCACCGUCUGCUUACCCCGCCCAACGAGGAGUACGCGACGAUUUCUCAGUCCAGCACCGGCAGCAUGAUGGAAUCUCAGCGAUCGAUGGGCUCAACUUCUUCCAGACGCAGCAUGAUGUCUUCGAUUCCGACGCUGAGGAGACAGGAUGCUACUGUUGGUCAGGGUUGA